AUGGCUUUAGAUUGGCAAAAUCCUAACUACUUCCUUAACCAAUCUUACCCUUUUCACCAACUUCAUUUCCAAGAUCCUAACAACAUUCUUUCACCACCUAAUGAAACAGAGCUCCUCUGUUUUGAUCCUCUGCCUCCUUCACUUUUCGACUUCGAUGAACCCCUGUUUGAUCCUCUCCCUUUACAACAGCUUGAAUUUAACUACGAUUGCAACAUUCAGAACUGCAAUAACAACUCCUCCCCUUUCUCGUAUGUCGAUUUCCAACCUCCCGUGAUCGUUCCGGCCGAGGAAAUUCUCUCAUUUGAGGAUGAUUAUUACUCCUCUCAAUUCACCCCUUUUUACAGGAAACAGAGGGUUGCAGCUCAACUCCCCUGUUUUAAUGAGCCCUACAUUCCUGAAGCUUUCACGGUUCCCGAGUUUGGUAUGGAUUAUGUGAAUGAUAAUUUUAACAAAACUCACAAUUAUGGUUAUUGUUGUAGUGGUAAUGAGGGUGGAGCUAAUUUUAAUGAAGGGUAUGGGAGUAAUGGAAAUAAGGCGAAGGCGAUAUCGGCCCAGAGUAAGGCAGCUAGAGAAAGGAGGAGGAAGAUUACUGAGAAGACUCAGGAAUUAGGGAAGUUGAUUCCUGGAGGUAAUAAGAUGAAUACUGCUGAAAUGCUUCAAGCUGCUGCUAAAUAUGUCCAGUUCAUGCAAGCUCAAAUGGGAAUUCUUCAGUCUAUCAAAACAUUACAAGAGGAUAAUGACCAAAAAGCCAAAUUAAGCAACCUUCCAAUUUUGUCAUCAAGUUUUGUUCAAGAGAAGCUCUAUGCAAAGGAGCAGUGCUUAGUUCCCUUGGAACUUCUUUCAAUAAUUGAAGAGCAGUAUGAAGAUUAUGAGGCAGAUCCAUCAAUUAAACAGCAAAUCAAGGAUCUUCUCCACUAA